AUGAUGAAUCAACCUAUAAUCAACAAAAAGAUCAAUAGUAACUAUAGUCUUUUAAAUUAGCUUCUAAAGUCAAUCUAUGCAUGCCUGCCUAUCGUCUUCCUAUGCUACGAGGCUCGAAAAGAUCGUGUCGUUUUAAAUAUCAUUUGCUAUAGUUCCUAAACGCUAAGCAUACCGACACUUUAUAUACAUACCAGUCAAAUGACUGAUUAUGAAAUAGAGAUCUGUCUACAAUAGGAACACACGUAAUUGUCAAUUUAAUAUAGAGAACAAUGUAUAAAAUAGUGACACUCUAGAAUUCCCUUUCGUGAUGGUAUUAAAUAUCAAACGAGGAUCUUGCACAUGUUACCUCGUGCAGUAUACAGGAAACUGUUAAUCGUCGAAGAAAUUCCAACGAACGAACUCAUGCUCCCAUUGCAAUUUUCGGCCUCUAUUAUUACUCUAGUACAGCCAGCAUUUUCAGCCUUGCAGCUGAUUUACCGGUUAACGCACGUGUUACGAUAUGGAUCACUGCGUUCAUUGAAGAAGAGGAAAACAGAUGGUUUUAAGGAAAUGGGAAUUAUUGAGGAACGACGCUUAAAGAUACAGACAAGGUAUUUUCUAUGUUCUCUUUUUGGGAGAGAACACUAUAACUAUAGAUUGUGA